CAGCACCCAGUCUAGUGUCAAGGAGAAUGGGCGGUCCGUAAACGGCUGACCCCACGAGCACUGCUCUCGAGCUGCAGAUGCUCGUGAAGCAGUGAUGAACCGGAGCUCCAGUGUGUCGGCAGCGAUGAGUAGUCAAAGUGAUCGGAGGUUGUGAUGAAGAUCCUGCCCUCCAGCGAACCUUCAGUCUGAGUGGCCAGUGUGUGUCGGCCAGACGGCGGCAGCCUGGACUCAGUAGAACACACUGUCAGUGAGCCUCCCUAUGGGUGAAGUUCUGUCUUUGAUGUUGUGAUCAGCCCCAGAGGCCGUGCUCCCAACAGCCUUCACUCUCCAGACCCCUCCCCCCCACCCCCACAUCCACCGUCAUUAUGGGGGAGGUAGUCCUAAUGCACUUCACCACCGUGGACUACGUCAUCUUCGCAUUGCUGUUGGUGGCGUCCACCGGCAUCGGCCUCUUCUACGCCUUCUCCGGCGGACGCCAGCGCACAACACAGGAGUUCCUGAUGGCCGAUCGCUCCAUGAGCUGCCUGCCCGUGUCUCUGUCCCUGCUGGCCACUUUCCAGUCGGCCGUGGCCAUCCUUGGCGCUCCGUCCGAGGUGUACACCUUCGGGACUCAGUACUGGUUCCUGGGCUGCUCCUACUUCUUGGGCCUGCUCAUCCCUGCUCACAUUUUCAUACCAGUCUUCUACAGACUGCGGCUGUCCAGCGCCUACGAGUAUCUGGAGCUGCGCUUCAACAAGACGGUUCGCAUAUGUGGGACGGUGACCUUCAUCUUUCAGAUGGUCAUUUAUAUGGGGGUGGUCCUGUAUGCUCCAGCGUUGGCACUCAAUGCAGUGACAGGGUUUGACCUAUGGGGGGCAGUGCUGGCCAUGGGGUUGGUGUGCACUGUCUAUACUGCUCUGGGGGGUCUGAAAGCGGUGAUCUGGACCGACGUGUUCCAGACGGUGGUGAUGUUCGCGGGCCAGCUGGCGGUCAUCGUGGUGGGGGCCAGUCAGGCAGGGGGCAUGGCGGAGGUGUGGAGGAAAGCGGUUAACGGCAGCCGCAUCGCUGGACUAGACCUGAACCCCGACCCUCUGGAGCGCCACACCUUCUGGACGCUUGGGGUGGGAGGAGUCUUCCUGAUGCUGGCUCUGUACGGGGUCAACCAGGCCCAGGUCCAGAGGUACCUCAGCUCUCGUACGGAGAAAGAGGCCGUCAUGUCCUGCUACGUAGUGUUCCCGUGCCAGCAGAUCGUCCUGUGUUUAGGUUGUCUGAUGGGUCUGGUCAUGUUUGCUCGCUAUGGAGAGGACAGCCCUCUGGACAAGGGCUACGUCAAAACCAACGACCAGAUGGUGCUGUACUUUGUGAUGGACGUGUUCAAGGACCUGCCCGGGCUCGCGGGACUGUUUGUGGCCUGUCUCUUCAGUGGAGCUCUCAGCACCAUCUCAUCAGCCUUUAACUCCCUAGCAACAGUAACCAUGGAGGACCUGAUUAAACCUCAAUUUCCAAACAUGACUGAAGCUAAAGCGACGCUGCUCUCCAAGGGACUCGCUUUGGUCUAUGGUCUGGUGUGUCUGGCUAUGGCCUACCUCGCCUCUGUAAUGGGAUCUGUGCUGCAGGCAGCCUUCAGCAUCUUUGGGAUGGUGGGUGGUCCUCUGCUGGGCGUCUUCUGUCUGGGACUGUUCUUCCCCUGGGCAAACUCCACCGGUGCGGUGGUCGGGCUAGUAUCGGGCCUCGCCAUGGCCUUCUGGAUCGGCAUCGGCAACUUUGUGAUGCGCAUGUCCGGCCCAGUCCCGCUGCCGUCGCUCAACGCCACCGCUCUGCCCCCGUUUGACAACAUGACCACCGCCGUCAUGACUACGCUGCUCAGCGCCACCACAGCCAAGCCGAGGCCAAGGGGCGUGGAGGCACUCUACUCGCUGUCCUACAUGUGGUACAGCGCUCACAACUCCACCGUGGUGGUGGUGGUGGGACUGAUAGUCAGCCUGCUAACAGGACCCAUGAAGGAGAAGGAUCUGACCCCCGGCACGGUGUUUCCGGUCCUGGGCACGCUGCUCUUCUUCCUGCCUGAGCGCUACAGGGAGAAGCUCUGCUGCGUCACUCCCCUGUCCCCUCCGGUCCAGAAGCCCAAAGAAAUCAAUGCACAGCCUUACCAGAUGGCCAAGAGAGACGGCAACGGAGCGGCUUACUGCAAAGAGGACACCGUCACAGAGGACAAGGAAGCGGAGAGUGACCAGGCACAAACGGAGGACGAAGACUUGGAGGCGAGGAUCGCUCUGCCUGCAUGUCAACUGGCGGCUCACACGGUUCAGGAGACGGCCUUGUGAUCCUUUCUCCUCCUACUUAUUACGCUCACACACCCCCAGAUACUGCACCUUGGGGGGGGAAGUGCAGCAACAGAUGGAUCAUAGAUGUGAAGUCGACCACUAAGUAGAAUAUCCCGAAGGUCUACAGCACCAAGGCUGAUGGACUUCAGCAUCUAACGUGGGGAAAGGGUGUUUCAUUCUUAACCUGCUCCCACCUUUUUUUCUCAAGAAAAAGAACUGAAAAAUCUACUUUUGCCAGGCUGGAUCUGUGCACCGGAGAGCCCAACACGGCAGCCGUCAAAGAAGAAAACGAGUCCGUCGAUCUCCGUUAGCGACGCGCAGGUUCGCCUCUGUCCAGAUGUGUGCAGCUUGGAAGGUAAUAGGAGUGGGUAGCUCUCAUGCACAAUGAGCUGUUCACUCUCUCCGUUUGACAAAAGAAUCAGGUAGUUCUUAAAUAGAUAUACAAGCUGUAAAUGAUGUAAACAAGAUGUGUUAUUUUUGUAGAGAAGAUGGAGCCAUAAAAAUCCCAGAAUAUGUUUUAAGAGAAUCUAAUAUAAAAAAAAAAAAAAGAAGAGAGAGACUUGAACGGAAGGCAUGACCGUACUGUGAUCGUGUAGUGUCUUUUAACAUGGCCUUGGUUCAAUGCUCAUAGUCGCCUUCUAGCUGCUACUAUAGAUGUCUAAAUACAGAGUCCACGGAGGCAGAGCUGUGUGUGUUCAGAUGAGGGCAGUUACAUUGGAUGGAGCAAAGUAAAUCCUGUUCCUACCACAGACCGUAUAUGGAGAUGGACAACAUGACAGCUCUCCAAGAGUGGAGCCAAAACCACUGCAAUAUACAGUAUACUGUAUAUGGAAUAUCAAUUUUACACAAAUGGCAGGCGGUAAAUAUGAGUGUGAUUUUUGGACGCAGCCUCUGUGUCCUCUUCUCUCCUCUUAGAGCUUCUGGAAAAGAUACUGACAUGAUUUUUAGUUAAGAUGAUCAUGUCAAAUGUCUUUGAAUGCAUUUGCAUUUUUUCCUAGUAGCUCUAAAUGCGAUACUUCCAUGCUGUUAUGUUGUUGUUAUGGGUUACUGCUUGGCCAGUGUAGAGAGAGAGAGAGAAUGAUUACAGCAACCAGUAACACUUCCACUACACAUCAUGUGUCAUGUGAGUACUGUAGUACUGUACUGUGUAGUUUUCUGUUGUUUCCACAGUCCUAGUGAACUAAGCAGUGCUAACUGACAGGAUGUGUUAGCCACACAAUGAAGCUCUAAAGUGCCUCACUGACUGUCCUCUAAUGAGCUGGUAUUAACCUGGGAUGUGUUGGCGCCGUCUGGUUUGGUGGCUAUCAACCUGGAACGCCCCUCUGAUGUGACCGCCCUGAAUAACACACAGCUCUGCUCUGAACCACCUCCAGAAGCCGUCUCGGGCCUCUGACACGGACCUCCUUUAGUUCCAUUAGGCAGUAACUUAAUAUAUUUGAAGGUAAAUAUGAUUCAGUCAUCUCUGGUAAUUUUGUAUUUUAACCACCUUUUUGAAAGUGCCCGUCUUAUUCUUAAUUUUUUUUUACAUCCAGGUUGUCGUCGGUGUCAGUAGAUUGAUUUGCUUUAGUCCAUGUGUAGUUUGAAUAUUAUCAUCAUGUUUUUUUGGAAUCACAGAAUUCUUGACCGUCACAUUUUUUAGCAUUUUGAAGUCAUCCAUUGUCAUGGUGUAAGAAGAGAGGUGUUGCGUGUCCAGUAUUUGUGAGUCAGUACUGUGUGUGGACUGCAUGGCCAUGUGACUUACCGUGUUUGAUCAACAUUGUUAAAGGUAAAAAUCUCCGGUUCGUUCUCUUUGACGGCGAUAAGCAGCAAUUGCAGGUGUGUUUUUCUUUUUUUAGAUCUCCCGUUCACUUGUAUUUGAGGUUUCAUCGUCUGUAGUCGUCACUUCUUUUUUUUGUUUUGUUUGUUCGACCGUAGUAACCGUUUACUCUCAAUACUAACAGAGACCGGAAAAAAACAGUUAACGCCGCUUCGCACGCGAGUGAGUUGAAGAGCGAGUCUGUUGCGUUAGCUCCGCCCCCCCCCCGGCGGACCAACCGCGCGCCAAUGGUGAUUUUUUUCCCAGGAAUGUCGCCACAGACUCCCAGUUCAAUCACCUUCAUGUUACCUCAUUCACCGAUAGACGGUGACCUAACAGUUAUUUAAAUGAAAAUCUUUGAGAUUAUUGUCUGUCACGUUUCCAAAGAGUUUUCUACAGUUUAUGGAGAGUCCUUAUGAAGUACAUUAAUACAGAUGUUUACCUACGUCUAAUCUAAACAGUCGUUCUAUGUCUAAGUAACGUCGUUCCAUCAGCAGGUGUGAAAAAGGUGUGAAAAGACUCCCGUGUCUCUGUUGCCUUAUAUUUUCCUGUUUAACCCUUGUGCAUCCCUUUUUAAAAAAAAAAAAAAAGUGUCUCUUUUGUCCUUAGAAGACAAAAAUAUCUGCGUCAAAAAAACUGCUAUAAAUUUAGAUAUUAUUUUCCACUUUCACUUCAGACCUGAUCAUAACUACCACAUUUUCAUUAAUUUUCUGAAUUUUAGUCCCUAUUUGUUUACAUAAUGCCGCAGUUGUUAUGGGAAAAAAACACCAAAAAUAAUUAUACUAAUUGCUAGGGGGAAUUUCAUUUUUUUUUUUAGUCUGGGAUAUGUCAAUGAUUAGCAACAACAUUUUUAUUUUUUGUGCAGUGUCAGAAUUUAAAAAAACAACUCCUCCCAUUUGUUACCUUUAGAGGACAAAAACAUUCCCUUCCUAAAACUAAUAUAAAAAUACUGUUUAUUCAUAUUAUUUUUACACUUUCACAGAAUUACUUUUUUUUUUUUUUAAACCAACAUUCUGGGAUGUGUCUAUCCUAAGCAACAAUAUUGUAUUUGGUGCGUUGCGU